AAUAGACACCAGUCGUUUGAAGGCUGCGUGGGAUUCACUGCUUGGGACUAAACUCUGUCAAGAUUUUGCUAUCCGAACUAUUACUUUGGAAAUAGCAGCAUAUACUUCAAGUAAAAAAUCAGCUUCUAACAUUUAUAGCCAUUUCCGUCUGACACCAAAUGCAAUGAUCAGAUUUAUUGUACUUUUUGUUGAGUGGUGCAUCAUUUGUCAGUCUCUGGGUGAUUACACUGAGGGCUCAGCGUCUUCUCACCAUGACACCAAUGAAGUUGUACAUGAGGACGAGAUUCACUACACCCCUCAGUUGGACUACAAACAUCCGCAGUGGUGCAAUAUACUAAAGCUGUCCAAUGGGGAAGUGUCCUGUUCUUCUCCUCGAGGCGGACACCACCGGGGCUCGCUUGGAACUCGCUGUUCGCUCUCCUGUGUUCGAGGAUAUAAACGGCUGGGACAAUCAUCUGUGCAGUGCAUGCCAAAUCGCCGCUGGUCUGGAUCCGCUAUUUGUCGAAAGAUACGCUGCCAUGUUCUGCCUCUGAUUGACUACGGUAUGUACAGUUGCUCUCGUGGUUUCGUGGUAGACUCCAGGUGUGACUACACCUGUUAUGAAGGCUACCAGAUUGAGGGAGAUCGCUACCGGAUGUGCCAAGAAGAGGGAACAUGGAGUGGCACUGAACCGACGUGUGCAGAUCAUGACCCCCCCAAACUGAAAUGUCCUUUGUCCAGAGUGAAGGUAGCAGAACCAGGAAAACUAACUGCCAUGGUUUCAUGGGAUCGUCCUGUUGCUAAAGAUACCGCUGACAGAGCACUUCAGGUCUUGCGAAAUGGGCUGGAGUCUGGAUCUGACUUUCCUGAAGGAAUACAUGUAAUACGAUAUAGAGUCUCUGACCAGGCUCGCAACACAGCCACAUGCAAGUUUACAGUGCAUGUUGAAGUGAGACGAUGCCCAAAGCUAAAGCCGCCUAUGCAUGGCUAUCUGACAUGCUCAUCGGAUGGCAAUAAUUAUGGGGCUGUAUGUGAAUACCACUGUGAUCCCGGCUUCGAAAGGACAGGUUUUGCAACACGUGUUUGUCAGCUCAAUCGCAGCUGGUCUGAUGAUGCCGCUCAGUGUAUAUUAAUGGCUAUUAAAACAGAUGUCAGGUCUGCUGGUGCUCUGCUUGACCAGUUUUAUGAAAAGAGAAGGCUUCUUGUUGUGUCUACUCCAGAAAACGCUAACCAGAAGUACAGGCUUCAGAAUAUUAUGCUGCAGAAAGCUGAGUGUGGUCUGGAUCUGCGACAUGUGACAGUGAUCGAGCUGUUAGGAACUUACCCUCGUGCAGUGGGCCGCAUCAAAGAACAACGACUAGAUCCUGAAGUCAUAGAGGGUCUUAGACAGGCACUGUAUAUAUCUACGGCAUAUUUCACCAUGGUGCUGCUGGAUGAGUUUGGUGUGGAUCGGGAGCGCUUUGUCAACCCCACCACCUCUGAUGAGCUCUACACGUAUGUGGAUGAGUUUCUCCUCACAGAGGAGGAGCUGGAGAGACUGGAAAUGAACAGGGACUUCUGUGACUGACC